CACUCUUUGCCUGUAUCACUUCUUUGUGUUCCUACCGGUCUCUUUCUCGCUCUCUCUUUCUCUCUCCACCCCCACCCCCUCCCCGACCCUCAGCCUCCCUCAUGCCUAAGAACAGCAAGGUGACGCAGCGCGAGCAGAGCCAUGAGCACGUCACAGAGUCGGUGGCUGACCUGCUCGCACACGAGGAGCCACUCGAUUGCAAGAGCAGUUCCCUGAACGUCGGAGGGGCCGCUGGGAAGAAAGCCCCGCAGCUAGAGGUGCCGGAAAGCGAUGGACGCCCCGCCUGGAACAGCAAACUCCAGUACAUCCUGGCCCAGGUGGGCUUCUCUGUGGGCCUGGGCAAUGUGUGGCGCUUCCCCUACCUGUGCCAAAAGAAUGGAGGAGGUGCUUAUCUGGUUCCCUACUUCAUCCUCCUCCUCAUCAUUGGGAUCCCGCUCUUCUUCUUGGAGCUGGCGGUUGGUCAGAAGAUCCGACGUGGGAGCAUCGGUGUGUGGAACUACGUCUGUCCCCGUCUAGGUGGGAUAGGGAUGUCAAGUCUGAUGGUAUGUGGCUUCGUGGGUCUCUACUAUAAUGUGAUCAUUGGUUGGAGCAUCUUCUACUUCUUCCAGUCCUUUCAGUUUCCUCUGCCGUGGAGCGAAUGCCCAAUCAGAAAGAAUGGGACACUUGCUAUUGUGGAGCCGGAGUGCGACAAAAGCUCAGCUACGACCUAUUUCUGGUACCGUCAGACUCUGAACACGACUAGCACCAUCGCGGAGAGCGGCGGCCUCAACGUCAAGAUGACCCUGUCUCUGUUUGUGGCCUGGAUCAUCGUCUGUCUCGCUGUCAUUAAGGGAAUCGCCUCCUCUGGGAAGGUGAUGUACUUCAGCUCUCUUUUCCCCUAUGUGGUGCUGUUCUGUUUCCUGGUCAGGGGGCUGAUGCUGAAGGGAUCGGUGGAUGGUAUCGCUCACAUGUUCACUCCCAAGCUGGAGAAGAUGUUGGAGCCUCAGGUGUGGAGGGAGGCAGCCACACAGGUCUUCUUCGCCUUGGGUCUGGGCUUUGGAGGAGUCAUAGCUUUCUCCAGUUACAAUAAGAUCGACAACAACUGUCAUUUCGACGCUGUGCUCGUCUCCUUCAUCAACUUCUUCACCUCCAUUCUGGCCACACUGGUGGUAUUCGCUGUGCUGGGCUUCAAGGCCAACCUCAUGAAUGAAAAGUGUGUCGUAGAGAAUGCUGAGAAGAUCCUGGGAUACCUCAACUCAAACGUCCUGAGUCACGAUCUCAUCCCUCCACAUGUGAACUUCUCCCAUCUCACCACAUCAGACUAUGCUGAGAUGUACGGGGUCAUCAAGACGGUCAAAGAGGGCAGCUUCGACCAGCUGGGUCUGGAGCCUUGUGUCCUGGAGGACGAGCUCAACAAGGCUGUCCAGGGCACCGGCCUGGCUUUCAUCGCUUUCACAGAAGCCAUGACCCAUUUCCCAGCGUCUCCGUUCUGGUCGGUCAUGUUCUUCUUCAUGCUCAUUAACCUCGGUCUGGGCAGCAUGAUCGGCACCAUGACCGGCAUCACUACACCUGUCCUUGACACCUACAAAGUCCAGAAGGAGCUUUUCACAGUGUGUUGCUGCAUCGUGGCCUUCCUGUGUGGCCUGCUGUUCGUUCAGCGCUCAGGGAAUUACUUUGUCACCAUGUUCGAUGAUUAUUCUGCUGGUCUGCCUCUCACUGUAGUGGUCAUCCUGGAAAAUCUGUCCGUCGCUUGGAUUUACGGCACUAAAAGGUUCAUGCAGGACCUGGAGGACAUGUUGGGUUUCCGACCGUCCAUGAUCUAUUUCUACCUGUGGAAGUACGUCUCCCCUAUCUGUCUCAUCGUUCUCAUCUCAGCCACUGUCAUAGAGAUGGCCAUCAUCCCCCCGGGAUACAACGCCUGGGUCGAAGACCUGGCUCAGGAACGUUUCGAGAGCUACCCUCCCUGGGCACUAGGCAUGUGCUUUUCCCUCAUUGUAGUGGCCAUGCUUCCUCUCCCUAUCGUCUUCAUCGCCCGUCACUUCAACCUGAUGUCAGACGGCUCAAACAAGCUGUCCGUCUCUUACCGUAAAACCAUGAUGAAGGAUAUGUCCAACCUGGAGGAGCAGGACGAGGCCAGAUUCAUCCUCGGCGCCAAGCCCGGCGAGGCCCCGUCAUCAGUGCCGGCGCACAGAGCUUACCUCACUCCUGGAGGGAACAAACCCCUGGACCCCAACUCCCUGUCUCCAAACAGCUGCUACGGUACAAGCUAUCAAAACGCUGCUAUCAGCCCCACCACGCCGACAACACCAACCACACCAGUCACACCAGAGUCUGACUCUUGA